AUGGCGAGAAAAAUAACAAGCAAACAAGUAUGGAAAAAUUACAGAACUAUUAGUGGUCAUUCAGGAUGGGUACGAUCAGUUGCAGUAGAUCCUAGUAAUACUUGGUUUUGUACAGGAUCAACAGAUCGAACUAUCAAAAUAUGGGAUUUAGCAAGUGGUAGGCUAAAAGUCACGUUAACAGGUCACUAUGAACAAGUAAGAGGCCUUGCUAUUAGCAAUAGAAACUCGUACAUGUUCUCAGCUAGUGAUGACAAGCAAGUUAAAUGUUGGGACCUGGAAAAAAAUAAGGUAAUUCACUCUUUUAAUGGUCAUUUAAGUGGUGUUUAUUGCUUAGCUCUUCAUCCCACAAUUGAUGUGUUAUUCACAGGGGGUCGAGAUUGUGUGUGUAGGGUUUGGGAUAUUCGAAGCAAAAUGCAAAUUGAUACUCUGUCAGGACAUGAUAACACUGUUAGCUCUGUUUUGACUCGAUCAACGGACCCUCAGGUCUUGACCGGCUCUCAUGAUUCAACUAUAAAGUUGUGGGAUAUUAGAUAUGCUAAGACGAUAACAACGCUUACUCAUCACAAGAAAUCUGUUCGAGCAAUGGCUCAACAUCCGAAGGAAGAUUAUUCUUUUGCUUCUGCAUCAACUGAUGGUGACAUAAAAAAACUCAACCUUCCAAAAGGGGAAUUUUCGCGUAAUAUGCUUCCAGAACAGAAGACAAUAAUCAACGCGAUGGUGGUUAAUGAUGAAGGUGUAAUGGCCACGGGAGGUGAUGAUGGGAGCUUGUGGUUUUGGGAUUGGACAAGUGGUUAUAAUUUUCAGCAAACUCGAACUAUGGUUCAACCUGGAUCGUUGGAUAGUGAGGCGGGUAUUUAUGCCCUCGCAUUUGAUGUAACUGGCACGAGACUUAUAAGUUGUGAAGUUGACAAGACCAUCAAGAUGUGGAAACAAGAUGAACUUGCCACAUAACCAGAAAUAUGAUGCAACUAUUUUUUUUUAUUACUACUAUUUUAUGCGUUAAUGUUAGUACGAACA